AUGGCGAUAGUGGUAGUACAAGUUGGACAGUGUGGAAAUCAACUGGGUGAUGAGCUAUGGAGACAAUUAUCACUAGCCACUAAUAACGGUGCCGUUCCCUCUCCAUUUUUCACGCAACAUCCACGAAAGGCACGUUGUGUGUUAAUAGACUCUGAACCCAAAGUUGUGCGUGAUGUUUACGCCCAUCAUAGUGAGAUUAUGCGAAGUGAGAAUGUGAUCUCUGGUCAGUCUGGCCGUGGGAAUCACUGGGCUCUUGGUUAUUAUGGCGUAGAUGAUCCUAUGAGUCGACGCUCUGCAGAGAAUGCCGUGGUCUCUCAACCCUUUCAAGUUGUAAAGGAUCAACGACGAAGUGAUAAUUGUGUUUUGCGGAAUGCGCUUCGUGCGAUUUACGCAGAAACCCGCCGUACAAGUGAUGCGUUGGAGUUUGAGGCCAUUGUUGUUUUACACAGUCUUGCAGGCGGAACUGGAAGUGGAAUGACAACAAGAUUAUUAGAAAAGAUUCGAUAUUAUUUUAUUGAACCGUUAGAAGAAGAAAACAACAACAACUCAGGAAGAAGAGGAGGAGGGGGAGGAGGAGGAGUAAUUGAUGAGAUGGAAGAAGUAGAAAUGAUGCGACGUGAUGGAUUAGAUGGAAUGUUAAUGGAAAAGAGACGGGCAUCUUAUCUUAUCACAAUAACAGUAACGCCGCAGAGUGUUGGGGAACUCUCUACACAAGGUUUAAAUGCCGCUCUCACACUUCAUGCAUUGCAAGAGAAUGCAGAUGCGGUAUUACUAUUACGUAAUGAUGAUGUAUUUAAUCAAUAUGAAGAGUCUUUACUUACAGGGCGAUCUCGACACAAUGGAACUGUAAACUCAUCAUUAUCAUCUUCUUCUUCUGCGGUAUCUCCAUUAGGAUUAUUUAUAAAACCAUGUUUGACGUUUAAAGAGGCAAAUGAAGUAUUUGUAACUCUUCUUCUUCCUAUUUUUAUGUAUGGUAGAAGUGCUAAUGCCAUUGGUGAACUUGUGAUGAAAUGUUCACCCAAUCAUCGAGAGAUGAAUAAUAUCUUAACCAUUCUCCCUAUUCCUCAACGACAAUAUUUACGAUAUAAACAAUCGGUUGUACUCUCACGUUUCUAUCGUCUUCAGGGAUCCAAACAACACAUGCCUGGCGUCUGUCCAAAUGUACCUCUGGAGUUAAUACACACAGCCAAGUCCUUACGAGAUCCAGAUUUGGUUUAUUCGGAAGAAGAUGUGCAGAUACCAAAGAUGUUACUUCCAACUAUUUCAACAUCAUCAUCAUCAACAUCAACAUCAACAACGAGAACAACUUCACGAAAGACGGCUGUUGGUCCAUCUGCAUUAUUACUUCAAAACAUGGAAGGUGUUUUGGUGAUGAAUGAGGCACGUGAAUUAAAUGCGAGAGUGUUAUUUCCUCUUUUACGAUCGGCUGCAUUGAAAGUGAAGGCAGGAGCUUUUAUGUCAACUUUUCUGGAUAUUGGAUUUACGGCAGAGUGUAUUGAGGCAGCUAUUCAUGAGGUCGCUGAGAGACUUGCAGAUGCUGAGGAUGUUUGA